AUGUCGGAGCAGACGCCUCUGCUCAGCCAACGUAGCCCAGAAGGCGUUCCGGAGGGUGCAGGUACACGCGCGGCCCCUGGUCGAGCCGCCAGUGCCCAGAUCACAGGCGGCCUCGACUACGACUUCGAGGAGGACGACCUUGAGGCAGGUUCCGACGACGAAAAUCCCGAGCACGCCCAGCACAUGUGGCCGAAGACCGGGCCGAACUCGACUGGAUCGAGCUUCGUGGAACGCGCUGCCCAGACUGUAACGGACUUUGUACUGGGCGAGCGAAGUCGCACACCUAUCGCAGGAACGAGUUCGACGCCACCGGAGCACAGCACGCAGCUUACUCGCGACACCGAUGAAGACGAUCGAAGAGACGACGGUGACGCUGGAGCAAAGAAAAAGAAAAAGAAGAGUAAACGAAAAGAGCGCGACGUCGACGAUAUUGAAGCGUGUCCUUAUGAUACGAUAGAGUCUGCACGCAAGCCAGUCAAAGGGGACGACCUCAAGACGCAUAUGGCCAACGAGCGCACUUUUUUCAAGUGGCUCUUUACUGGCUUUCAUAUCGGAGCGAUGGGAACGUUUAUUCUGAGCUUUUAUUCUGACGAUAGCGGUCGACCUGGAACCGGAAAGAUCCUGCUCUGUCUAGCGAUAUGGAUGGUUGCACUCGUCUAUGUGAUGUACGGAUUGAUCAACUUUUAUCGACGUCGCCGUGCACUGCGCCAAGGUCUAGGCAAAGAGGAAUGGGAUAGUGGUGCUGGCCCUGCGUACGUAGUGGCUGGACUCGUUCUCGUCAUUGGGAGUGUGUUAGUGUAUUCGUUAGUGACCGGACAGGCACCGCGGCGAUGGCAGCAAGCGCAAACCUGA